CAAAGCCCCUCAAGACCAAUUCAGAGCUGGGAACAAUUUUCACCUGCACGUCGGGAAGGCCCAUUAAGCUACCAUACCAUACGUAAGAACUGCAAAAGGAGAGACCCUCCAUCGAACCUCCAGAUCUCAAACAGUCCGAUCAUGUCUUCGACUAUGUUCAUCAACCUGGUACGCUGCGGUCGGUCUCCGUUCGGACGCCACACUGCCUUUCUGACUGCACGGUCCCCCUUGUCCCCCCCAGCCUCCCCCAGUGCGGUCCAGGUCCGGAGGAAGUGUACUGCUCGGUUUGUCUCUGACGCUAGCGGUCGACCGACCACCUGGGACUCCUUUGGGACCUGGGACAAUAGGAUAGAGGAGCCCAUUCUGCUGUCUCCUAGGAAACCCAUCCCACAGGUGAGUUUGUCCCGUGUGGGCACUGCGUCUCUGCUGGGUCAUCGGAGGGAGAAUGAAGACAGGUUACAGGUGGUUCGACUCAGUGACAGCAUCCUGUACUUGGCUGUGUUCGAUGGACACGGAGGACCACACGCCUCAGAAUACUGUCACACCUACAUGGAGAAAUACAUCAGAGAGGCCCUACAGCAGGAGGAUGACCUGGAGAAGGCUCUGACCCAAGCCUUUCUGGAGGUGGACAAAGCCCUAUACACACACCUCUCUUACUUUGGCAACGCUUCCUUCCUGACUGCGGGGACCACGGCGACAGUUGCCGUUUUACGAGACAGUGUGGAGUUGGUGGUUGCUAGCGUGGGGGACAGCCGAGCGUUGCUAUGCAGGAAGGGGCGGGCCAAGAAACUCACAAUUGACCACACCCCUGACCGGAAGGACGAGAGACAGAGGAUAAAGCUGAGUGGAGGGUUCGUAACGUGGAAUAGUCUUGGUCAGGCUAACGUUAAUGGGAGGUUAGCGAUGACACGCAGCAUCGGAGACUUUCACCUCAAGAACACUGGAGUCAUUGCCCUGCCAGAGACACAACGGAUCAACCUGCAACACCACCAAGACACCUUCCUGGCUCUGACGACAGACGGGAUCAACUUCAUCAUGAACGACCAGGAGAUCUGUGAUGUCAUCAACCAGUGCCAUGACCCCACAGAGGCAGCAAACGUAAUUGCACAACAGGCUCUGCAGUAUGGUUCAGAGGAUAACAGUACGAUCGUGGUGCUUCCGUUUGGAGCCUGGGGUAAACAGGAGAGCAGUCUGUCUGGCUACUCCAUGAACAGAAACCUAGCUUCAAGUGGCCGUUGGUCCUGAGAGAGAGACUGGACACACACACACACACACACACACACACACACACACACACACACACACACACACACACACACACACACACACACACACACACACACAGAGAACGUUAUUAGGUUAAUAUUAAGUAUUUAGAGCUAGUGUUAUAGCCAAUAACUAUAAACUAUAGACUAUAAACUAUAGUUAUAGCCAUUUUGAUCAUGUUGUUUAAUGUACGUAUUGUAUAUAAUGAAAUGUUACGUUUUGGUUUCAGUGCUGUUUUAUUUAUUGACUGACUAGAUAUAUAU